UAUAUAGUGUGUGAGACUAUCAGAGUUCUCCUGGCAGCCAUCAUGAAGGGUACUGUCUCGAUCUGCUGUCUCCUCACCCUGCUGCUUUUGCAGGCCACAGCAGAGGUGGAAGAAUUUGACAACGUCCUAAGAGACAGAUCUCACAUUGAUGAGACGCUGCGGCUUGCAACUGAGGAAAAAGCAACAGACUAUGCCGCGGCUAUACAGAAGCUGCGGAAGGUCUACCACACGUCCGUCAAACCAAUGGAGCAGGCCUACAAGUACAACGAGCUGAGGCAGCAUGAGAUUUCAGCAUACCCCGGACGAACCCUGGGCGACUCGGCCACAGAUGGAGAGAUUACCUCCAAGCCCAUGGUGCUGUUCCUUGGACCCUGGAGUGUAGGAAAGUCCUCCAUGAUCAAUUACCUCCUGGGCUUGCACGACAGCCCGUAUCAGCUCUACACAGGAGCUGAGCCCACUACCUCUGAGUUUACUGUCAUCAUGCACGGGGAGAAAAUACGCUCAGUCGAGGGUAUUGUCAUGGCAGCGGACAGCUCUCGCUCUUUCUCCCCCCUUGAAAAAUUUGGCCAAAACUUUCUGGAAAAGUUAAUCGGCAUCGAGAUGCCCCACAAGAUGCUGGAGCGCGUGACUUUUGUCGACACGCCGGGAAUCAUAGAGAACCGCAAGCAACAGGAAAGAGGUUAUCCCUUCAAUGACGUUUGCCAGUGGUUCAUUGACCGUGCCGAUCUCAUCUUUGUCGUGUUUGACCCAACCAAGCUGGACGUUGGUCUCGAGCUGGAGAUGCUGUUCCGGCAGCUGAAAGGCCGGGAGUCACAGAUCCGCAUCAUCCUGAACAAGGCGGACAACCUGGCCACGCAGGACCUGAUGAGGGUCUACGGAGCACUCUUUUGGAGUUUGGCUCCCCUCAUUAACGUGACGGAGCCGCCGCGUGUCUACGUCAGCUCCUUCUGGCCGUACGACUACGCCCCAGACACCAGCCGGGAGCUCUUCAAGAGAGAGGAGAUCUCCCUCCUGGAAGAUCUCAACCAGGUGAUCGAGAACCGCAUGGAGAACAAGAUCGCCUUCAUCCGCCAGCACGCCAUCCGCGUACGCAUCCACGCCUUGCUCGUGGACCGCUACGUCCAGACCUUCAAGGAGAAGAUGAGCUUCUUCAGCGACCCCGAGCUGGUCUUCCAGGAGAUCGUGGACGACCCGGACAAGUUUUACAUCUUCAAAUCCAUUCUAGCCAAGACCAACGUCAGCAAGUUUGACCUGCCCAACCGAGACGCGUACCGCGACUUCUUUGGCAUCAACCCAAUCGCCAACUUCAAGCCCCUGGCAUCUCAGUGUUCCUACAUCGGUGGCUGCCUGUUGGAAAAGAUUGAGAAGGCAAUCACCAACGAGCUGCCCGCCCUCCUGAGCAGCAUCAACUCUGGCAAGCAGCCCGGCCUGUCGUCCUGUGAGGUCACUGGCUGUGGCGAGAAGCCAAAAAAUCGCUACCGAAAGAACUGAGGAACAUAAAAACUUGUCAGGAGGAAGAAAGGAGACAGAGGAGGUGAAGAGAAAGGCGGUUCUGGUGGGAGCCAGGGCCCUGCUUUUGUCGGGACAUUUGUAUUGUUGAGGAGACAUAGGGGAGAUUUAUGUUUGGGUUUUUUUUUUUUUGUCCUCAGGAGAAUAAGCAGAUGUAAUAGUGGAAAAAGGGGAAGCAUGGUUUGAUAAGGCAGCUUAAGGACACGAACGCAGGAGAAAUGAGAACACGGCCCUGAUAUUAAAGUUUAUUAAAAACAUAAAACCCUCUCUCUCUUAUGGCACAGUUACCCCGGACUGUUUCAAACUGAUGGGUUAGGGGAAAUUACUGAUACAAGAAAAUUUCAAUGAUCCAGUGAGAUGAUAUAAAAACUAUGAUCCUUGACACUGAAAAUAGGGGAAAAAAAACUACCAACUCCCUUGUAUGUGAACAAAACAAAAGGUGGAAACAAAUAUUUGUAUAUUAAAAUGACAAGAAUUGCUUUGCAGCAGGUCAAUUCCAAACGCUUCAGAAGUUGUUUUUGAAGUAGCCUUUUUUUUUUUUUGUGGGUGCUAUACAAGAGAAUUUAUGUCUGUCUAAUCAUCCAGAUCUUUGCGUCGGAUAUAGAUCGUCUUUGCAUGUUAGACUUAUCUACCACUGCAUGUGUUAUUCUUCCAUCGUAGAGGAAAAAAAAUCCUCAUGCAGCAUAUUUCUAGACCAGAACCAAACCCACCAUGCAUCAAAUGAGGCUUUUUUUUCUCUCUUAGCAUUGCAUGCUCAUCACUCUUGCUUUUUGACAACAAAGUAAAGGUUCAAGCGGACAGAGUAUGCUCAUUCUGUUACACUUCUUAACUGUUUUUAUUUCUUGGAUUUUGAGUCUAUAAACUGCCAGGUUUUGGCAGAAUCUCUGUAGUUUUUCAGAUAUUUUUGCUUCCCAUUUUUGUUGCUGAUUCACCACAACAGAAGCUCAGUGGAAGAUGUACUUGAGUUACAGCUGCCUUUUUUUUUUUUACAUUUACUCUGCUGUUUCUCUGCACGGUUGAAAGAUAUGUGUUGAUUGUUUGGAUUGAAUGUAUCCAUCAAUUGUCUUCCACUUAGCCGAGAUCAUUUCGUGUCCGGAACAGGUUCAAGAGGGGAACCUUAAGCUACUUCUCCCCACGUUUCCUCGCUUAUUCUGGGAGAUCCCAAGGUGAUCUCGGUCCAGAGAGGACGGAUAGUGUUUCCGGCGAGUUCUUGAUCUUCCCCGAGGUCUCCUCCCAGAGGAGGGACAUCCCCCAAGCACACGUCUGACCCAACACCACAUCUGACUCCUUUCAUUUCAGCUGAGCAGUGACUCAGAGCUCCCACCCACAUGACUUAAUUUACCCGGGGCAGAUAAGGCUCCAGUCCUUCUACCCAUCUCCCACUCCAUCCAACCGUCACUCAUGAGGAAAAAAACUAAGACACCUAAACACUGGGGGCGUAGAUUGAGCUUCAACAUGAAGGGAGUAAUCAACCCUUUUCUGGUUGAGAACCAUAGUCUCAGACUUGGAGGAGCUUCACAUUUUUCUGAUAAUCAAAGCAUGCUGAAGAUGCUAACAAAGCCACGUCCACAAACACAGCAUUCGUGACCAUGGGAAGCCUCAACACACUGGGAACAAGAGAAAGCAAAAUGUACCAUUUAGUUUGUUUUAUACAACGUCUGGGGAAGCCCUUACAAACGUCAUUGCCCCCCCCCAUACUCCUUUUGUGACCCCCGCAAAAUUCCUGGCACAAUCAUAAUACGUCUUCCAGUCCAAGUAACUCUUAUAGACUGAACAACUAAACUCGCAUGAAUAUUUUAAGUGGUUUCAUGAGGGUAAUGAUCUAUUUCAUUGGUGCACGUGGUUGUUAAAUUCGAAUAUUGCUUUGACACUGAAGAUGAUUUGACACAACAUCGCAUGUUUUAGAUGCUGGAUCUCUGCGAUGGUUGAAUUGAUUGCAUUUAAAAUAGUAUCGGGCGUGCAAAUGUAAAACUGAGGACUCGUGGGUUGAGCCCUGACCUCUGCGGAAACAAGGUAAAUUUGUCCCAGAAUUAGUAGAGGGGAGUAGUCACAAAGAUGAAAAUACUGAUGUAUAAUACCGUAAAAGUAGUCCCAAGAAUAUGGCAAAGGAUAUUGUGUAUAAGUACACAAGUCAAUAGCCUAUAUGUAGAAACAACCAACUCAGAUUCAAGCAUCUUAUGUGUCAUUGUUUCACUUUUUAUUGAAUGACACACGCUUCAUAAAAUGUGGUUGGAUAAGCUUUUCAUUUUUUACUCUUCGUUCACAGAUCCAGACUAGCAUUUAUGCAAAACCCUGCUGUUUCAUAUUUACAUCACAAGCAGGUUAGAAGGUUCUUGUUGUAUGUUUCUACCGAACCAAGAGAGCAAAUCCAUGCCUUUGUACACAAAAAAAGCCAAACAGUCCGUCAAAAACAACGUUCUGACUUCUGAGUCUUGCAAACCAGGAAGCUGAAUGAGAGGGAGAUGCUCAGACUUCCGGUUUGCUCCACAUGGCGUCUCACUAACAACCUUUACAGCUUUCCCCAUCCAAACUUCGAAGCAUGAUGCAAAGAACUGCGACGGUCAAACUUGAAGAAACCCUUUUUUUCCCUCUCUCCUCUAUUUUUUUUUUUACCAGCAAGUGCUCCACUGGGUGUUUUCUUCAUGCUGCAGCACCGCAACCUUGCCACCAGAGGGUGCUGUUCAAAAGAGUAAACGAGAAAUGGCUUAGUGAAACGCGCGGGGUUAAUGACGCAAGCUGGUUAAAAUAUUUAAGUGUCAGUUUUAUUCACAUUUAUGGCUGAUGGGUGGAUGUGUGUCCAGUCCAAAUAGUUGCUGAGUCACCUUUGGGUAGAACACUGACAUUACCACUGCCGCAAGUUGUGGAUGUUUGACGGAUAAGAAUAAAGAUUUCUGAUUGACUGGUU